CCACUGGUGACGUAGUUCAUUGCGAGAAGAUCGAGCGAUAGAGGGGGCAGGUGCAGGCGCCAGGAUUUGGGAAAGCGAGCGCUGCGGCUCCAAAGGAGGCAGGUCCUUCUUGACCGACAUUUUGAUAUCUCUCUUAUCAUCGACGUCCGUAUCUGGUCUUUGGACGCUGUUUUGUUUGGAGUCUGUCCUGUUCCCCUUCUUUUCGCUUCUCUGGACUCGACAGGAGGCUUCUCGCAUCGCGACGGAAGCGUUUUCUUGAGAGAGAGAGAGAGAGAGAGAGAGUCGACUACGCGAUCAAUACACCAAAACGCAAAAAUGACGCGACGAAUGGUGUAUGGUAUAGGGCUCUGGGUCUUCCUCGCCGCCGUUGCCCUUACCCUCACCUCCAUCUCCCUUCCCUCGUGGCUCUCCUACACCUCCCCAUCCUCCUCACCAACCUCCAAGCCUAUCCACGUCUCCUACGGCCUGCACUCCCGCUGUUCAUCUCUGACCGGAUGCUCGCCCUUUCCAGCUCAGGAAGACUGUCAUGGUGAGGAUCGCUAUUUCUGCUCCAUGUGGAGGAGUGUAGGCUUCUUGAUGAACUUUUCGGUUGUGCUCGAGUUGGCGACAUUUGUGUCCUUUGCAGUGGUUUUGCUGGGAGGAAGGGGCAAUAGGGAGAAUGGGUGGAAGAUGUGUGUGGGGUUGCUUGCUGUGGUUAUGGUGUGUCAGAUUGGUGCCAUGGGGAUUGUGGCUUUCCUUUUCGAUCACGAUAACCGCUUUUUCGUUGGCUGGACAUUGGAUAAGAGUUGGAUUCUUUGCACGAUCUCUUGGAUUGUUAUGGCGGUGGAUGUUGUGGGUAUGAGUGUCGCUGCAAAGGUUUUGCCUGCAGAGGACGACUAUGAACCUAUUCCUGAUAGGAGAUGAUGGAGUGAAUACGAUGCAGGUUGACAAGACGUCGAUAUGACUGCUGGAAUCUACACACCUGACGACUACACACGCACAACUACUUGCUUACCGCCACGAAAGAAGGCUUAGCAUAUGAUCUACUCUUUAGCAAGUCAUUACACAUAACCCACCUCUCCACAACCCUUUUCCUCCCUCCACCUCCCAACACCUUCUCUCCCUCCCAUCAUCAAAGAUCCCCCGUCAAAAACUGCGCCCUCCCCAUCCCAAAGCUCCAAUCCUCCUUUUCAUUCCUAGUACAACUAACCACCAAAUCCGUCUUUGGAACUCCACAUUCUUUUUCCAAUCUUCCUGCUAGCUCUGCGUAUAAAGCUUGCUUUUGUGUUGCAUCUCUGCCUUGUUGGAAGAUUUGGAUGAGGAUGAGUAGGUUUGUGCGGGGGUAGUCGAGGUUUGUGUCCUCGAAGAUUAAUUCGUAGGGUUCGUGUUGGGUUAUUAC